AUGUCGACCCGGAGGUACGUCUGCGCGCCCAAUUUCUGGGAGGACUUGCGCAGCACCCUGCAGGCCAUCGAGCAGCGUCGCGAUGAACGCGGCAAACUGAAAGCCCAGCAGUUGCUGAAGCAGAUCGCCCGUUUGGAAGUGAAGUUCUGGGCAAAGGCCAGUGUGGCUAUGCUGAAAGAACUUGAUGCGGAAUCGCGGCUGGAGAGAAUCGUGGACUGGCUGCAGACCUUCGGUGAUGGGGACUCGGAAGACAGCUCCUCGGGGCCAGCAGUGCUGUUUCAGGUUUUGAGUGAUGUCACCCUGCAGAAGGAUUUUGAGGCUCCUCAGAGAGAAGCUCUUUCUGCAGCAGUGCGAGACAAUCUUCCAAAAUUUCCGGUCGAAAUGCAGGCGCUGUUGGAGCGCGUGGGCAGCGUGACCGAACCACGAUCCUUUGCAGUUCCAGACUGGCGGAGGAGGCAUCAGCCAACGCAGCUGGAUGCUCCCACCUUGGGUCCUGGGGCGAAGCUAUUAUUUGGUGUGGGGCCACAGGAUGAGCUGGGUGAUGCACAGGUACC